GCGGGCCUGGGCGACAUGGCGCCCCCCUUCCUGCAGACCUUCAACCCGCACCGGCGGCACGCGGCCGCGGCGCGCCUGGCGCUCUCGCCGCUGCUGGCGGCGACCGCGGCCGCGCUGCUGGGCGUGCGCUGCGUGCGGCUGUACCAGACCUCGCUCUUCCGCAAGCGGCCCGAGGACGACGUCACCUCGUGGCACGCCGACCUGUGGACGGCGCCGCUGAUGACGAACAGCUUCGUCACCGUGUGGCUGCCGCUCCGCAGCAUAGGGGAGAGCGGCGACUCACCGCUGUUCUUCCAGUCGAAGACACACCGCGACCUGGCGCGGGCGGUCUACGUGGAG